AUGCAAAGAAUGAAGUAUAUUAUAGAGCAUAUGGAAGAAGGAUUUUCAGAAUGGGUGAUUCUUGAAUAUGCACAGAUUAUAAGGGACAUUGGCAAGGAUAACCUUAUUCUCACUUCGUUACCUGAAAACACGACUGAGUCAGAUAUUCCUCAACAACUUCGUGACUUGGGUUUACAAUGGAGCACUAAAGAAUGCGUAGAGAUUAUUCAAGCAGAAAAUGCCGGGGAAAUCAAUAAGGACCAGGUUUGUCUAUUGGACCCUGCAGCAGAGGUGGAUUUAGUGCCACUGGAAAAAUCAAAAUUCAAAUAUUUUGUAUUUGGAGGAAUACUAGGUCAACAUCCUAGAGUUGAUCGUACUGGUAUUUUACGUAAGAAAUAUGGGUUUGCAGGUAGAAGAUUGGGUAAAUUACAAAUGACAACAGAUACCGCUAUUAGAACAACUCAACGGAUAAUCGAAAAUGGCGUAGAAUUUAACAAGAUCAAGUUUUUGGAUUAUCCUGAAAUUAAAUAUAAUAAAUACGAAUCUACUGAAAUGCCAUUUAGGUAUAUUGUUGAUGAUAUCAAGGGAGAGCCCAUAUUACCAAAGGGCAUGUUGGAGUUGAUAAAAAAAGAUGCAGAUCAAAGUAUUGACGACUUGCUCAUUAAUUAA